CAAAACUACGUCUUCAAGCUUCGAGGGGCUUUCCAGUGACUGCGAUUUGUGAGGGCCGAGAAUAGCGAGUCUCCUCGGUCAUUGCACGUCGUAGCCACGGAUUAGGACGAACCCAUGGCCAGCAGAGCCCUUGGUGCACGAAAUUUGUAUACUUCUGUUGCAAAACAUUCCUCCAAAACUAUUCUCCGCGCUCCGAUAUCAUCCUACCGACAUACCAUUUUCUUCGUCCCGACCCUGUCCGCAAAGACUGCUGUCAGGUACAAUCUGCCUGAGAGGGGCAUAAAGCACCGUCAGUCGAGCGCCCGCCAAACAAGACUCUUCUCCACCACGCCUGCCAUGGGAGCCACCAAGAUAGAUGGAAAGGCAAUUGCCCAGAAAAUCAGAGAGCGUUUGGCCAGCGAGAUCAAGGAGAAACAACAGGCCAAUCCACGCUACAAGCCAUGUCUGAAAAUCAUACAGGUGGGCGAGAGACCAGACUCAACCACCUAUGUGCGAAUGAAGUUGAAGGCGGCCGAGGAAGCUGGGAUCGAUUGCACUCUAUCACACCUUUCCUCCGACAUUUCAGAGCCUGAGCUACUACAACAGAUCACGGACUUCAACAACGACCCAGCGGUCCACGGUAUACUCGUCCAAUUACCUCUCCCUAAGCAUAUCUCCGAGCAUGCUAUCACCUCCGCUGUGUCGGAUGAGAAAGAUGUGGAUGGGUUUGGUACCUACAACAUUGGAGAGCUCGCAAAACGAGGUGGAAAGCCCUUCUUUGUUCCCUGCACGCCGAAGGGUGUCAUGGUCUUGUUGCAAGAAAGUGGUGUUGACGUCAAAGGGCAAAGAGCUGUGGUACUCGGCCGCAGCGAUAUUGUGGGCAGCCCAGUCAGCUAUCUCUUGAAGAACGCAGAUGCUACCGUAACAGUAUGCCACUCAAAGACCCAGAAUCUCAAGGAAGUCGUCAAACAAGCUGAUGUGCUGGUUGCUGCAAUCGGUCAACCCAAUUUUGUCAAAGGAGAUUGGUUGAAGCCUGGUGUGGUGGUCAUCGAUGUCGGCACAAACUACAUUCCGGACUCUUCAAAGGCAUCAGGUCAACGCCUAGUUGGAGAUGUGGACUUCGAGGCUGCGGCUGAGGUAGCCUCCCAAAUCACUCCGGUUCCUGGCGGUGUUGGUCCAAUGACGGUUGCAAUGCUCAUGCAAAAUGUCGUCGAGUCAGCUUCUGGGUACUUUGAGAGGCUGAAAGCUCGACAUGUCACGCCUCUUCCCAUUAAACUUCAGUCACCAGUACCAUCCGAUAUUGCCAUAUCGAGAUCCCAGCAUCCAAGGCAUAUUACACAUAUCGCUGCCGAUGUCGGGAUUGCUCCUCAUGAAUUGGAGCCUUAUGGGGCUUACAAAGCCAAGGUCGACCUUUCGCUACUGACACGCCUGCAACAUCGCAAGAACGGGAAGUACAUCCUAGUCAGUGGUAUCACCCCAACUCCCCUGGGAGAAGGAAAGUCCACAACUACCAUGGGUCUUACCCAGGCUCUCGGUGCACAUCUAGGCAAAGUGACGUUUGCCAAUGUCCGACAGCCAAGCAUGGGCCCAACAUUUGGUAUCAAGGGUGGUGCAGCUGGUGGAGGUUACAGCCAAGUGAUCCCCAUGGAUGAGUUCAACCUUCAUCUGACGGGUGACAUUCACGCUAUCACCGCCGCAAACAACCUCCUAGCUGCGGCUAUUGACACACGUAUGUUUCACGAGUCGACCCAGAAGGACGGGGCGCUCUACAAGCGCUUGGUGCCAAGCAAGAAAGGCAAACGAGAAUUUGCUCCUGUCAUGCUCCGAAGACUGAAGAAACUUGGUAUCGAGAAGACAAAUCCCGAUGACCUGACAGAAGACGAAAUCCAUCGUUUUGCCAGACUGGAUAUCGAUCCUGAAACAAUCACAUGGAGAAGAGUCCUCGAUGUGAACGACAGGCAUCUGAGGGGUAUUACCAUUGGCGAAGCACCCACGGAAAAAGGUCACACCAGACAUACUGCGUUUGAUAUAUCCGUUGCAAGUGAGUGCAUGGCUAUCCUGGCGCUGAGCAACGAUCUCAAGGAUCUCCGCGAGCGUCUUGGCAGGAUGGUGAUUGGGUUUUCAAAGUCUGGUGACCCGGUCACUUGCGACGAUAUUGGCGCAGGUGGUGCACUUACUGCUCUCAUGAGAGACACCAUCAAGCCGAACCUCAUGCAAAGCUUGGAGGGUACUCCCGUCUUUGUCCAUGCUGGCCCAUUUGCGAACAUAAGCAUUGGUAACAGCUCGGUGCUAGCUGACAAGUUGGCCUUGAAGCUGGCUGGAACCGAGCCUGACGAGGAUCAUAAAGCCAAGGCUGGAUAUGUUGUUACGGAGGCAGGAUUCGACUUCACCAUGGGCGGCGAACGAUUUUUCAACAUCAAGUGCAGAUCAUCUGGUCUUGUGCCUGACGUUGUGGUUGUCGUUGCUACGAUUCGUGCCCUGAAAGUGCACGGAGGUGGGCCGGAGAUAUCUGCAGGAGCAUCUUUGCCGGAAGCGUAUCGCACAGAAAAUGUCGAGAUGCUGAGGGCUGGUUGCGUUAACCUCAAGAAACAUAUCGCCAACGCCAGAUCCUAUGGUGUGCCCGUUGUCGUCGCCAUCAACAAGUUUGAAACAGAUACCGAGGCUGAACUCAAAGUCAUUGAGGAGGAGGCUCUUUCUGCAGGAGCGGAAGCGGCUGUGCCUGCCAAUCAUUGGGCAGAAGGUGGCGCUGGCGCGGUAGAUUUAGCCAAAGCAGUCAUUGAAGCCUCGUCGAAACCAAAGGACUUCAAACUCCUGUAUGAUCUGGAAGGAAGUGUGCAGGAGCGCAUCGAAAAGAUUGGAAAGGAAAUGUAUGGUGCUGCCGCGGUCGAAUUCAGUGAAGUGGCACAGAAAAAGGUGGACAUGUACAACAAGACCGGCUUCGGAAAUCUGCCAAUCUGUAUUGCGAAGACGCAAUACAGUCUGAGUCAUGAUCCAGCAUUGAAGGGCGCUCCGACAGGCUUCACCGUUCCUAUCCGCGAUGUCAGAUUGGCUGCCGGAGCCUCGUACUUAUAUGCCCUUGCUGCAGAUAUUCAAACGAUACCCGGCCUCCCAACGGCGCCUGGAUACCUCAACGUAGACGUGGAUCUCGAAACAGGCGAGAUCGACGGUUUGUUUUAGACGGAUGGGCUCACGCAUGGUUUUUAACGACUUUCAACAAAACAGUGAUACCCAACAUUCACCAUUUUGGUAAUCAAAAUUCACAAGUGUUCAAUGUCUU